CGCCAGCGUCCGCCGUCAUCAACGUCAACAGGCAUUUUAGAUUUGCCCGAUUUGUCCAUAAAACGCCGAAAUGGAAGCCAUUUUCGCGUUACCGUUCACAGUACUUGAAAUUCCUCACAUAAAGAUUAAGAAACCAACAUGGUUACAGGCGCCAUCAGCGAUGACAACGUUCUCGUUAGUGCUAUUGUCUUAUUUUUUGGUUACCGGAGGGAUUAUAUAUGACGUGAUAGUGGAGCCGCCUAGUGUAGGAUCUACGACUGAUGAACAUGGGCACGUUCGGCCUGUAGCGUUCAUGCCGAACCGUGUCAACGGACAGUACAUCAUGGAAGGGCUUGCAUCCAGCUUCUUGUUCUCUCUUGGAGGGCUUGGCUUUAUUAUAUUGGACCGUACACAUAACCCCUCCACACCGAAACUAAAUAGAAUUCUACUUAUUUCUGUAGCUUUCUUAUGCAUUUUAGUGUCUUUUUUUACAACCUGGAUUUUCAUGAGAAUGAAGCUCCCAGGUUAUUUACAGAACUAGUGCGAGUUGCAUUAUAAGCAAAGUCACAAAUUGUCAUCUUUUUGACUAUAAUUAAGUUG